UUUGUGCAGAGGUUCUGACUUCAGCAGAUCAGGAUUUGGUCCACGCAGAAUAAUAUUCUGUGAUCAGUGUGAAAAGAAAUACCAUGUUGGUUGUUUGAGGGAUCAUAAGAUGGCAUUUUUAAAGGAGUUGCCAGAAGGGAUUUGGAUUUGCUGCAAUGAUUGCACAAGGAUACAUUCUAUUUUGGAGAACAUCCUGUUAGGGGGGCUGAGAGACUUCCGGAAUCUCUCUUGGAUGUAAUAAAGGCUGUGUCAAUGUUUCACGAAUGUUUUGAUGCUAUUAUUGAUCCAAUUAGUGGAAGUGAUCUUAUUCCUGCCAUGGUUUAUGGAAGGAGUGUACAGACUCGGGAUUUUGGAGGAUUUUAUUGUGCAUUAUUAAUGGUCAAUUCAUGUGUGGUAUCUGCGGCUAUGCUUCGAGUUUUUGGGAGAGAUGUUGCUGAGCUGCCUUUAGUUGCAACGUGUUAUAAGAACCGUGGAAAGAGUUAUUUCCAAAUGCUGUUCUCUUGCAUUGAGAGGCUGUUGGCUUUCUUGAAUGUGAAGAACUUUGUUCUACCAGCUGCUGAGGAAGCAAUAUCUAUAUGGACCGAUAAAUUUGGGUUUAGCCUGAUGAAACCUGAGCAGCUUAGCAAUUAUAGAAAGACCUUCGGUCAGAUGAUGGCAUUCAAAGGGACAAUUAUGCUCGAAAAACCGGUUCCAUCAUGUCGGAUCGUCAAUACUCGAUCCUGA